CUAGUAUACAUAUAAGUAAGUGAUAAUAUACCUCCAUACAGUCUAGACAGAGUAUAGUUCAUCUGAUCUUCUUUCACCUCAUACUUUCCUGAUACAUUAUAUACUAAAUAAAAUAUUUUAAAUUAAAUAACAUGUUUUUCAAUAAAAAUAACAACAAAAUAUUUUAUUCAUUAUUAAAUAUUAGGGUAAUAAAAAAUAAUAAAAAUGGUGAUCGGAGUAUCAAAUUUUUUGCAACUAUUCCGGAGUGUCCGAGGCCCGGGAUGUUAGACCGGUUUAUAUCGCUGAUUAAUUAUGAUAAAGCUAUGAAAUUACAUGAAAUUGUUGAUAAUAAACACCGAGAAUUAGGUCCUAUUUAUAAGGAUCAAAUUGGAUCUGUCAGUGCGUAUUUUGUUAACUCUCCAGAAGAUUACAGGAAAAUUUUUAAAAAUGAAGGACCAACGCCGAUGCAUUUUCUUCCUGAAGCCUGGUUAAUUUAUAAUAAAUCCAAAAAAUGUUCCCGUGGUUUGCUUUUUAUGGACGGUGAAGAAUGGUUACACUUUAGAAGAAUAAUAAAUAAAUUAUUAUUACAUCCUUAUGACGCUAAAAUAAUUACUGCUAAUGCUUGUCAAAAUGCAGCUGUGAAAUUAACUGAAGAAUUGAAGAAAAAUUUAUUAGUACAAGAUAAAUGGAUCAUUCCGGAGUUAGAAAAUCGUUUGUACAAAUGGUCUAUUGACGUUAUGAUGGCGAGUUUACUGGGAUCUGCUUGGAAUAAAUACAGAGAUAGUAUAGGAGAUAAAGAAGCUGAUAAAUUAGCAAAGAAUCUUCAUGAAAUUUUUAUUUUAACAGCAAGAUUAUCAUUGUUGCCGAUAAAAUAUAUUGUUAAGUUUAAUUUUCCUGUUUGGAAGAAAUUUGUUAGAGUUAUGGAUGAAAUUUUGGAGAUUGUUACUACGUUAAUGCCCAAGAUGAUUAAUUUAAAAGGAGACGGGCUGCUUUGGAUGAUGAUAAAUGAAGGAAUGACCGAGAAAGACGCCACGAGAAUUGUUACAGAUCUUAUUUUAGCUGCUGGAGACACUACGGCAUUUUCUACUCAAUGGGCGCUAUUUUUAUUAGCAAGCCAUCCGGAUGUUCAAAAUAAAUUUGCAGAAAUUUCCAGUAAUAUAGAAUUGAAAAAUACAAUUAAAGAUUCUUAUAUUAAAGGAAUUAUCAAAGAAUCUUUUCGAUUGUACCCGACUGCUCCAUUUUUAACGAGAAUCCUGCCAGAGGAUUGUUCAAUCGCCGGACAUGUUGUUCCACGCGGAGAAUUGAUAAUCAUGUCUUUGUACUCGAGUGGCAGAGACCCGAAUAAUUUUGUAGAACCAAAUGAAUUUAUGCCGGAAAGGUGGAUAAGAAAUUCAAAAGGUAAUUACGACUGUGUAAUGAAUCCAUUCGCUACGAUUCCAUUCGCUCUGGGCGUUAGAAGCUGCAUCGGUAAAAAAUUGGCAGAGACUCAAAUAAUAAUGACAUUAAGUGAGAUUGUUAAAAAUUUUAACAUGGAUUGUUUAAAUAAACAAAAUGUUAAAUUAAAAUUACACAUGAUAUCAGUACCGUCAGAGUCAAUUAAACUACAAUUAACUAAGCGAAUUAACUCAAUUUAUAACGAGUAAAGAUAUUUAUAAAAAAAAAAUAUGUAAUACCGUAUACCUACAAUCUUAGACUAGAUCAGUGUAAAAAAAAAUUCAUUAAUUGUAUAUAAUUACAAUUCAAU